AUGUUUGUUGUUAUGCCAAAGAUGAAGAGGCUGAAGGAUCCGCUUCGGCAGUGGGCUAGAUCGGCAUUCCCUCAUGUUGAUCAGGAGGAGGUUGCAGCUAGAAGGAAGCAUGAGGAGGUAGUGGAGUUACAAGGAAAACUUUGGGCUGAAAAGUCAAGAGAGAAAUGGCUGAAGCAUGGGGACCGCUAUUCUAAGUUCUUCCAUUUGUCAGCUAAGCUUCACAGGGCCAAGAGUGUCAUUCGUGAGCUUCACACUGAUGCAGGAGAGGUGGAGACUAAUAGAGAGUUGAUAGGGCAGCGAGUGGUAAAUCAUUUUGAAGGUUUCCAUAAGAAAGGGGUUUCGGUGCAGUAUGAGCACCUCUUAUCAGUGAUACCUACGUUGAUUUCUUCGGCUGAAAAUGAUGUGUUAGUGGCUGUUCCCUCAGUAGAAGAGAUCAAGCAAGCAGUGAUGGACCUGGAUCCCUCUAGCGCACCGGGCCCAGAUGGUUUUCCAGGUACAUUCUUCAGAGUCUGUUGGGGCAUUGUGGGUCCAGAGCGUAUCCCUAAGAUACUUGCAACUAGACUGGCGCCUUUGCUUCCCAAGUUGAUUUCAGAAGAGCAGGGAGAAUUUCAGAAGGGGAAAAUAAUUUUCUCUAACAUUGGUGUUGCAUCGGAGCUGACAAAUAUGAUGAAAGCAAAGUGCUUUGGGGGAAGUUUGGGGCUUAAGCUGGAUGUGCAGAAGGCCUAUGACACCUUGGAAUGGCAAUUUCUAUUUGAUGUGCUGAGGAAAUUUGGAUUUCACGAAAGGUGGAUUAAAUGGGUACAUCAGAUCCUGGUUUCUACAAGGAUUUCUGUCUUAGUUAAUGGUGGUCUAGUGGGCUUUUUUGUGUGGAACGCGGGCUGCGUCAAGGGGACCCGCUCUCCCCGAUGUUGUUCAUCUUGGCGGAGGAAGUACUGUGUAGGGGAUUGCAAGGGCUCACGCAAAGAGGUUAUCUUAAGGGCAUCCCAGGCUCGCGGAAGACUUGCGAGGUGUUAG